AGUCUAUUUCAAGCGAUCCAUGCUUGGGACUUUUCCCAAAGCGUAACGCAACUCAUGUUCUGUUUAAUCGUGGGAUACGUGAUCUGAAACUCAUCUGCUUCUUAGUGAUACACGAUAAGUACUGAUUCAUAAACACAGACAGGACCGCUGCAGUUAUGGAUGAUGGUAACGAAAGCCAGGCAUUGAGGACAGCAAAGGUGACUGAGCCUGUGUCGGACAGCUCAGGCCACUGUGACUGGUGCAGCAUCAUAAUGGUCAUCUUCUCUGUCCUGCUGACUAUAAUCACCCUGCCGGUGUCUAUAUGGAUGUGCAUAAAGAUUGUGAACGAGUACGAGCGUGCCAUCUUCUUCCGUCUGGGCCGACGCGUUGGUGACGGACCCAGAGGACCAGGUCUGUAUUUCAUCCUGCCGUGCAUUGAUAACUUCAUCAGAGUGGACCUGCGCACCGUCAGCUUCGACAUCCCCCCUCAGGAGGUGUUGACGAAGGACUCGGUGACAGUGAGCGUAGACGGGGUGGUGUACUACCGGGUCAUGAACCCCUCACAGGCAGUGGCUGAAGUCUCCAACUUUAAUGCCGCCACCCACCUGUUGGCUCAGACCACCCUGCGCAAUGUUCUGGGCACCAAGAACCUGGCAGAGAUUCUGUCUGACCGGGAGGAGAUCACUCACAGCAUGCAGUCCGUCCUGGAUGAAGCCACAGACGCCUGGGGCAUCAAGGUGGAGCGGGUGGACAUCAAGAAAGUCGAACUGCCCCUGCAGAUGCAGAGGGCCAUGGCAGCUGAGGCAGAGGCAACGCGGGAGGCACGGGCCAAGGUGAUCGCGGCAGAGGGAGAGAUGAAUGCCUCCCGCGCCCUGAAGGAAGCCUCCCUGGUCAUCGCAGAGUCGCCCUCGGCCCUACAGCUGCGUUACCUGCAGACGCUGAACACCAUCGCCGCCGAGAAUAACUCCACCAUCAUCUUCCCCCUACCCAUUGAGAUGAUGCAGAGUUUUGUGAAGCGCUAAGUGGUCAGUCCUUAUGGUGUCAGCCAUUACAAAUGCAGGCUGGUAUGUCUGAAGAUGUGCGUCGAGCUGUUCUGGUUGCUAAGGGCUGUGGAGUUUAGGGAAAUUGUGUCAUUAUAUUUCUGUGCACUGAUGCAUGUUUUUAGUGUUUAUGAAGUGCUAUACUGCACAGCCAUAUCUUAUAUAGAUUAAGACCUUUUUGUAUAGAUAUCCAUUGCAUUAUUUUUAAAUUCAAAAGUAAGGGCGGGAGCUUGUUUGUAAGGGUGGGAGUGGGGGUCCUUUCAAACUUCAUGAUUGUGAGGGUAGUCUUUAUAAAUGCCUGUUGGAAUAUUUGAAAAUGUGAAUAUGGUUUUCAAUAUAUAUUAUUCAUUGCUAUUAAUAACUAAUCUUUUUCCAUUUUCAUUUAUAUAUACUUUUAUGCAGUACAUGUCCUGUGAAAUGGCACUAAGCCUCUAAGCACAUGGGCUCUUUUAUGAAAUUGUAUCGUUUCAUAUCUAUAGUUACCUGUCAGUCUUUAAGAAGCGGCAUUUUCCAGAAUUGACCAUAGUUUACAGUACGUUUAGCCUACCCAUAUUAUUCAAAAAUUAGCUUUUUGUAGAAAUCUAUGUAUUCCUUGGUUUAUUUUAUGUUCACUUUUAAAAGAUUUUGUAAUUACGUUUUUUUUAAUCGAAUACCUUUCGCUAAAAAUCGAAUGUCCAAUAAAUUUGAAAUAAUGAAAAGGAAGACAAAUACGUGACUACAAUAUGGUGCUUAGAAGCUUUAUUUGUAAUGUCCAAAAAUGGUGAAAACUUUAAUGUAAACGACCGAUAUCAUUCAGGAGGCCCGUUAUACGUCGCUCUUUACGUGUAUAUGAAAAUGACAAAAUAAAACUCGAAUCGGUCUUUUAA